AUGGCAUCUUACAAUGAGAAGCUCAAGGGCGGGGACCACGAGCUGUCCCUCGAGUCAGGCAGCGGCGACAUUCCGACGGUUCAAGACUUCAAUUCAUCGUCUGACCAUGAACCUGGCGUCUUAGCAAGCCUCCGCCGCUUCGAGGCUCGCAUGGACAAGGCUCUAGGCGUCGAAUCUGAGGCCAUCGUACGCAAAACAGAAGAGGACAAACGACCCGUACCAUGGCACGAGGAGCUCAACAUGGCCCUGAUUUGGGCCUCGGGUACUAUGGGCAUCAGCUGUUUCGCCACCGGGUUCCUGGGUUGGGAGUUCGGCCUGAGCUUGAAGCAGAGUCUGCUCAUUUACGUCUUUGCCUCUAUCCUUGGUGGCUCAGUGUCAUCAUACUGCGCUACCUUUGGUGCGGCAACCGGCCUACGUCAGGUUUCCGUCUCCCGUUACAGCUUCGGCUGGUAUCCCAACAAGAUCAUUGCAUUCCUCAACGGUAUUGAACAGCUGGGUUGGGCUUCUGUUGCCACCAUCAGUGGUGGCCUGGCCCUUACCGCUGUCGCAGACGGCCACAUAUCUCUCGUUGUCGGCGUUAUCAUCAUCGCCCUGGUUUCGCUCGCCAUCAGCUUUUUGGGUCUCAAAUACAUUCUGAUCUACGAGCGCUAUGCCUGGUGCAUCUACUUCGUCGUGUUCAUGAUCAUCUUCGGCAUGGUGGGACCGUACGCCGACAGCAAGACCCCUGCCUCUAGUUCAGGCAUAGAUCUCUCGGGUAAUGUGCUUUCUCUGAUUGCCAUCGUUUACGGCAGCUCCGCAUCGUGGGCGACUAUGGCUUCAGACUACUAUGCGCACUACCCAGCCAAUACAUCAAGACUUAAAGUUUGGCUCUUGACUACUGCCGGUAUUGGUAUCCCUACAGCGAUCGGCAUGACUGCAGGAGCUACGGUUGCAAGUGCACUCAACAAUGUCGACGCCUGGAAGACCGUAUACACAGACCCCCACCAGGGUCUUGGCUUCCUCAUCAGAGACAUGCUGCAUCCUCGAGGCUUCGCCAAGUUGCUUCUCGUUCUGCUAUCCUUCAGCGGCAUCAACACCAACAUCAUGUCCCUCUACUCAUCGGCCAUUUCAUUCCAACAGAUGGCCACCCCGUGUGCCAAAGUUCCUCGCUUUGUCUGGACACUUGGCAAUUUUGUAAUUGUCAUAGUUCUGGCUAUCGUUGGUCGCCAAAAGCUCAACACAUAUCUGCAGGACUUCCUGAGUCUCCUGGGUUAUUGGUGCACCAGCUACUUCGUCAUCCUUUUCGAGGAACACACCAUCUUCCGCAAGCGUGACUUCGCCAACUACGAUCUUGAGGGCUGGAACAGCCGGGACAGGCUGCCACAUGGCAUCGCUGCCUCCGUUGCCUUUCUUUUGGGUGUUGUUGCGUGGUGCAUGGGAAUGGUUGAGACCUGGUUCACCGGACCACUUGGCAAGUUGAUUGGAACAUACGGAGGAGAUGUUGCAAAUGAGUUAACCUUUGUGGUCACCGCGAUUGUGUACCCAGUUGCUCGAUAUUUGGAACUAAAGUACUUCGGCAAGUAG